GAAUAAAAAUAUUCUGCUUUUUUGCGAUCUUUCAAAUUUGUAUCAAUGGCAAGAACAAAGCAAACAGCACGAAAAUCGACAGGAGGAAAAGCACCAAGAAAACAAUUAGCAACAAAAGCCGCAAGGAAAUCAGCACCUGCUACUGGAGGAGUGAAGAAACCUCAUCGUUUCCGCCCUGGAACUGUUGCUCUUCGUGAGAUCCGUAAGUACCAGAAGAGUACUGAGCUUUUAAUCAGAAAGUUACCGUUUCAAAGACUUGUAAGAGAAAUAGCACAGGAUUUCAAGACUGAUUUGAGGUUCCAGAGUAGUGCUGUGGCUGCACUUCAAGAAGCUGCUGAAGCGUAUUUGGUGGGUUUGUUUGAGGAUACUAAUUUGUGUGCGAUUCAUGCUAAGAGAGUGACCAUUAUGCCUAAGGAUAUUCAGUUAGCUAGGCGUAUUAGGGGUGAAAGGGCUUAAUUAAUUUGUUUUUACUGUUUUAUGGGUUAGUGUUGUAAUGUUCAUGGUGAAAGUGGGAGAUUGGUGGGUUUAGUUGUUUUUGCUUGAAUUGUAAUGUAACUUUUGGAAAUGAAAAUCAAAGUUCCUCAACUCUCUUGUUUUCAUGUAUGAUUAAAUUUGAUUCUAUUCAUGUAGAAUGACACAAAGUAUCAUCUGUUGAAACAUCUAUUAGUUUCUUCCA